CUUUUUUUUCUCUCUGUAAAUAACUCCUCUAGUUUUUUACUUUCUGCAACAAGCGUGCUCCACCACGCUGCUCAAGCUCAACACACCAACUGAUGCCAAAUGGCUGAAGAAUUAGACAGAAAAAAUCAGCGGGUAAAAAUCGCUUCAGCAGGCAACAGUGCGAAGCACCUCCCAGUUUGUAGUCAAGAAUAGCUGCUGGAGCCCAUGGAGGAGAUGCAGGUGGCGACGACGGAGGAACCGAGGGACCCGUUCUUGCCGCUGCGGUGGGAGAGCACGGGCGACCAGUGGUGGUACGCCACGCCCAUCGACUGGGCGGCGGCCAGCGGCCACUACGACGUCGUCCGGGAGCUCCUCCGCCUCGACCCAAACCUCCUCGUCAAGCUCACCUCCCUCCGCCGCAUCCGCCGCCUCGAGUCCGUCUGGGACGACGACGCGCGCCUCCGCGACGCCGCCACCAACCGUGCCGCCGUCGCACGCCGCCUCCUGCUCGACUUCGGAGAGCCUGCCGAUAAGAAGCACCACCACCACCUUCCCCGCGGCGGCGGAGGCGACGCCGACGCCGACGCCAACGCCAACCGCCUCCUCCGGGCGGGAUACGGCGGAUGGCUCCUCUACACGGCCGCCGCGGCCGGGGACGAGAGGUUCGUGCGGGAGCUGCUCGCGGCGCAGCCCCUGCUCGUCUUCGGCGAGGGGGAGUACGGCGUCACCGACAUCCUCUACGCCGCGGCGAGGAGCGGAUGCCCCGAGGUGUUCCGCCGCCUCUUCGAUGCCGUGCUGUCCGCGGCGUCGUGUCCGGUCGAGGGUGAGGAAUUUAGGCGCGAGAUGAUGUGCCGCGCCGUGCACGCCGCCGCGAGGGGAGGCAGCCUUGACGUGCUCAGGGACCUCCUGCGCGGGUGCGACGACGCCGCGGCCUACCGGGACGCGCAGGGAUCAACCAUCUUGCACGCCGCCGCUGCAAAGGGCCAAGUUGAGGUUGUCAAGGAUCUCUUUGCAUCUUUUGAUAUAGUGGACUCUGUAGAUGACCAAGGGAAUACAGCAUUGCAUAUAGCAGCCUUUCGAGGCCAUCUUCGAGUGGUCGAGGCUCUUGUUACGGCCUCGUCAUCUCUUAUAUCAGCAACUAAUGAAGCUGGUGACACGUUCCUUCACAUGGCACUGACUGGCUUUGGGACUCCUGAAUUCCGAAGGCUUGAUCGUCAGAUGGAGCUUAUUAGGCAAUUAGUUGGUGGAGCAAUUGUGGAUAUCAGCAGUACUAUCAAUGCACAAAAUUAUGAUGGGAAGACAAUUCUUCACUUAGCUGUGGUUGGCAAUCUGCAUCCAGACCUUGUUGAACACUUGAUGAGUGUGCCUUCUAUUGACCUCAACAUCUGUGACAAUGAUGGCAUGACUCCUCUGGAUCUACUCAGGAAACAGCCACGAACGACAUCAUCAGAAAUACUGAUCAAACAAUUGAUUUUGGCUGGUGGGUUCACAAACUCAAGGGACCAUGAGACUAGGUCAGUUAUCGCUUCUCAGAUAAAGAUGCACUCCAUUGUAGGAAGCCCAGGGACAUCAUUCAAGAUAUCAGAUGCUGAGAUCUUCCUUGAUGCUGGAAUUGACGUACCGGGCAUCAGCGAAAGAGCAGUAUCAUUUUCCUCCAUUAUUGGCAGGGUAGAUGCUGACAUCCUGAGACCCAAACUGAAGAAGUUGAAUUCUUUCCAAGAUGCAGCAAAGCAUAUCAAAGUCCUACUCAGAUGGCCUCACCGCAAAUCAAAGAGAUCAGGCAGCGGCCAGAAGGAUCUGGAUGAUGAUGCCUCGUCCGUGGACUCUGCCAAGACCUGGAGCCAUGAAGAGACUCCGACACCACUGAGACAAAGGUAUUCCAGGAUCAGCUCCCUGUUCAACAAGCGGACCUAUGCGGGCAAGACUUCACCUAGUGAAGCAAUGCAGAAGAGUGGAGUGGUACAGCCUCAUUCUAUUCCAGCUUCUACAUCUUGGUCAUCGUCAUCGUUGGUUGACAAGAUUGAAGCUGCCCAUCUGGACAAAGAUCAAUCUCCUUAUAUUAGUAGGCUGAUCAGGCAUACACCUAAGAAAACUGGAUCUCUGAACAGUAGACUUAUGAACCAGUCCUUGCGCCUCAGGGCGUAAUACCUGCCUAGGAGUUGACCUCCGAGCACCAUCCGAAUCUGAUAUUCAGGCGAUCACAUAUGUCACUAGCCUGAUUAAAACAUCAGUUAGCAGAUAGGCACCAACAUUGACAAGGCUUGCUUCCCUCACUGGUUACAGUUUACAACUUCACUGAUACCAGACAGAUGAUCUGUAUCUCUGUGGUCGCCGGAGAGUGGUUUUGAGUUUAGUUCGUGUUUGUGUGUAGCUAUUAUUGAGAUAUACAAAUGUGAUACAUUGCAAAUAUAGUUUUAUACUGGACUUGAAUUUAACUUAAAUCAUAAUAAGACAUGAUUUGACUUCGACACACACCA